GAGAGAGAGAGAGAGAGAGAAUAGGAGACAGAAAGAGAGAAAAAAAACGAGAGUGAGAGAGUGAGGGAAAGAGUGAGGGCACUGUGGACAUGGUCAGCAUCCCAGCGCCGUUCCUGUGAUCAGUGCACAGUCUAAAGCCCGGGCCGGGCACUGGGAGCUGACCCUGACAGUCCCCCGGCCCACCGUCUCGUCCUAACACCGCUAUCAAUGCAGACACCAAGCUGCCUGUCAGUGCGACAGAGGAUGGCCAUUGUCAUCUGCCUCCUGCUUUCUGUCUACAUCCUUACAGGUACUCCGGCCUCCGGACUCGCAGGAACCCCGAUGCCUCGAGGUGCAGAGCCAUGUACCUACACAACGCCGACGGUCACACCACCACGCAUCGCAACAGAAAUUCAGCAAGUUCGCCUGAUGGAGGGUCCUAAUCGUUGCUCUGGAAACCUCGUAUUGACCUUGACGACAAUCCAAACUGUCCGCGUCUGUCCCCAAGGAUUCUCCGUGUCCGAGGCUGCUGUCGUCUGCAGGGAACUGAACUGUGGUUCCCUACACUCCAUAAGGAACGGCAACUUCUUUUCCAAUUUGACUCACAAGGUGUGGGAGCACACGGUCAAAUGUCACAAUAACGAGACUCAGUUGAAGGACUGCCACAGAGUCACAGAGACCUGUAAUUCAGCGGGCUCUGUAGGGAUUGUUUGCACAGGUGGACUCCAUGAAUUGCAGUUAAGGUAUGGUCCUGGCCGUUGUCACGGAGACCUGAUGCUGUACUAUGGAGGUGCCUGGCGCUCUGUGGGUGGUGCCAUCUCCCCCGACACUGCGGAGGCUGUCUGUGAGAUGCUGGGCUGUGGCCAUGCUGUGGAACUGGGAAUCCGUGCUGCCAUGAACCCACCGGUGGUGUCCGUUAAAAACCGGAUGUGCUUCCUUCCUCAACCAAGCAUCACAAACUGUGUGGAGAUUAUCCAACAGCCGAAUCCUGCAGGAAGAAGCCUGCGUUGCGCAGGCGGAGACCCCAAGGCGUUCCGGCUGGUGGACGGGCCCAGCUCUUGCGCGGGAACGCUGGAGGUUUUCCAGCGGGGCUGCUGGGAGCCGGUGUGCGCGAGCCAGUCCCUCAGUCUCACCCAGCAGACGGUGUGCCAGCAGCAGGAAUGUGGGCGCUCGGGCUCUGGCUGGAAGGGUCCUGGGCCCCGAGGCAGGAACCGGACCCUUUCCACAUCCUGUGUGCGGUGUCAGAGUCUCGGGCUGAGAAUGCUGAUGGAUAAUCAAACUCUCUGGGAUUGUAAGGAACAGCAGAUCCAUUUAAAGCAAAUGAACAUCUCCUGCCCAGAACCCCCCCACACGACACUGAGGGAGGACAGAAGAGGGUUGUCGGGAGGAGUGACAGCUUGCAUCGUCCUGGUCGUCAUCUUACUCCUGCUCCUGUUCCUGAGCUACGUCUGGAAACUUUAUAAACGUAACGGCAAACAAGUGUUCCAGCGUAAGCAGACUCAGCGCCAGUGGAUUGGACCCACAGGAGCAGCGAGCCAUGCAGUCUCCUUCCAUCGAAACAACAACGCCAACUUCAGACCAGUGUCCUCCCAGAGUGCGAGCAGCAACGUGUACACAGACGGACCGCCGAAAGACACACUGUCUGCCUAUCCAGCUUUAGAACGAAGGGCCAACGCCCCGCUCAAUCUCCGCGACAAUUCUUCGGACAGUGAUUACGAUUUCUUCGACACCCACGGCCAACGGCUAUAGAUCCACAGCCCUCCUCCCAGGUGGGGCGCAGGGAGCUGGGAGAAAGUUCCGGAGGGGAUGGGCGCUUUCAAGAUCGAGUUGCCUGGGGAGCCACCCUGGACGUCGAACGGGGUUGGAGGGGGGUGGGGAAAGGGGGCGUGCACUGACCCCAAUCGCCUGCGCCACGGCCAGACCAAGACCGGGAGGUCAGUUUGAAGACGGACUGGUCUCGCACCCUUCCUAUCGAUUUGCACGACGUCCCAAGACCCUCCCCCCACCCCCACCAACCCUGUGUCCGAGUUGGCUAUUGCAGAACGACAGCACAAAGGACCGAACUUCGGAGGGGAUGGUUUCCCGGCAACGAUCUCUGUACCUCCCUAAUCGGCACAGGAGGGAACACCCCAAUAAUUUGCCCAUCCCUCGAUCCUUUCAGCUCCCCGACUGGUCAGCUGCAGGAGCAGCGGGAUAUGUGUGGGCCAAAUCUCAGAACACUGUCUGAUACGAUAUCCGUGAGUAACCUGAAGACAAACUGAGCAGCUACUUUCCCCGACUCUCACCGGUCAGACUCAGAAUGAACAAAUUCUCUCUCUCUCUGUUAUUAACUGAUGUGAAUUAAUGCUCACGCCAUCUCUGCAAGAUGAUUGCAUUUUGGAAGAUCCUUUUCUGUUUGCUGAGACAAUGCAGAUGUUUUUCACUUGGUUGGGCUGGGCAGAGUGCAUUUGCCGGGAGGCCGUUGUCUUGAAGGGUUGAGAUUCCCCACAGUGUGGAAACAGGCCCUUCGGCCCAAUAAGUCCACACCGACCCUCCAAAGAGAAACCCACCCAGACCCAUGCCCCUCUGACUAAUGCACCUAACACUAUGGGACAAUUUCCCAUGGCCAAUCCACCCUAACCUGCACAUCCCUGGGCACUAUGGGACAAUUUCCCAUGGCCAAUCCCACCCUAACCUGCACAUUCCUGGGCACUAUGGGACAAUUUCCCAUGGCCAAUCCACCCUAACCUGCA